CGGCACUCGCUGGAAGCCCUGAACUGUGUGUGCCCCCCAAGCCCCGGGACCCCUGCGGGAAUGUUCAAAAAUGAGUACCAGGGAGGUGCAUUUGUUGAAAUCUUUAGUGCUCAGGGAAAAAAUCCUGGAGCAAAAUGGAAGAUCCUUGGCAGUCCAUCUGUCAUUUGGAAAGAGUUUGACAAAGAAGUUAAAAGUUUUGUGUUUGUCCUGGAAGGCAGCAGCCAAACAAACAGAAUUCAGUUACCAAAGGAAAAUAAGCAAAUUUUGGGACUGAUCCAGAGGUUUCUUGUACUUCAGAUUUACGUACCCCUGGGACAAGACUUCUCCACUGAAUUGCUAAUUACUGAUUUGGGGAACAUCAAAAGAAGGUUGUAUUUAUCAACGGUCCAUAAGGAACUAUCCUCAACCCCUCUUCAUGCAAAAAUCCCACUCUUCAUGAUAAAGCGCAAAAUUUGGUGCAAUCUAUGCAUUGACUUGGUAGCAUUUACCAGUGAAAUAUUCAAGGGAGCAGUUUUCCAGUCAUUGGAUGGAAUUAUUGUCUCAGCUAACUGUAAGCUACGGAAGAUCUUCACCUUAAAAUCAAAGCCUCAAGACACUGCUGAUAAAGAUGCAGUAUAUGGUGUGCCUUUUCCAGCAGAUGAACCUACCAGCAUUAUUCCGCGAAGCUGCCAACUAACAACAGAUGUUCCACAUGUCACACAGCUGCUAAACAUGACUAAACUUCGCCAAACUGAAAUAAAAUUUGGAGGUCAUCCUUUAAGACCAGCAGAAUCAGAUCAGUUCCUUAACAGAGGAACAGGUAGUGUGCGGAACAGUAAAAAUCAUGAUGUUUGUCAUAUCGCCUUUGGAUCCAAAGUUCUUGGACCACCUCCACUCUCUGGCAGAAGGAAUAACAUGAGGAUAUCCAGUGAGACAAUAAGAUCUGUUGGGUGUAAAAGUAGCCGACUGUGCCAGCAGCCCACCGUAGAGAAGUGUGUUGACAAUGCAGAAAUGUCAACCUUGCUGAUACCUGAGUCUGAGGAGCAAGGAGAUAAAGAAAAUAUUCGCCAAAUAAAGCAGACUCUACCUAUUCAUGUACCAGCCAAUCUACAUAUUAUGCAUCCACAUCCCCCUCAAAAACCAUCAGCAGAUAAGAAUAAUAACAGAAGAAGAUUACGGUUAAAAAGCACCAGCAGAGAAAGGACAGAGACACCCAGCGGCAGUUCUUCAGGAAAUAACAGGAAUGAAGAUAAAACAACUGUCCUCAGCACUGUGUCCCAACAAGUUACAGAAACAUUGAACCCCGGCACUCCAGGACCCCAGUCUCCCGAUCAAACAGAUGAGUGGAUAUUUCCUGAAAAUGAUGAUUACAUUCAGCAUUUGACAUCCAGCAGACAGUCUCUACUUCUGGAUGAUGAUUCCUGCAACACUUCACACUUGUGGCUAGAAGACAGCAAGCAAAGUGAACAUGACCAACAGGUAGAGGAAACCCAUAUUGUUCCAAAAGACAUUUUCACUUUCUCAUCAAGACCCCGAUCAGCACCUCAUGGAAAGACUCAGAAUGUGUCCCCAGAGGAGUGCCCAUUUAUUGUGGAUGUAAAAGAGGAUAACAGUGGGACAAGGAGAGACACCCAGUUGGAGGAUGAUUUUUAUGGUGGUGACAGCAGCGAAGAGGGUAACCACAGUAUCCAGGGUUCUCCAGGCCCAACAACUAGUUCUUCAGGGUUAACUCAGUUAACAUUAGAGAGCAUUCUGGGGAAGGUUGCAAGGCAGACAAGUAAAGGAUAUCUCAAAAGUGCCUACGCAGAAACAGGUGCAUCAGAAAGCCAGAAUUCCUUGGUGAAGCAACUAGAUAGAAAUGACAUUCAAGUGAAUUUGUUGCCUACACCAUGCCUUUCUCCCCGUGGAAGAAGCUGUGGGUCCUCUCAGAAAACUCCAGAUCCCCUUAUCAAAAUAAAGGGCCCAGCCCAUCAUGUGCCAGCUUCGCUAAGCAAAACCUCCCUAAAAGAUAUCUCAGGGGAAAAGUUGAAACCGAUCCCUGAAGUAUCUGAAUACAACUGGAGAAACUAUCAGCCCAGCCAGAUGAGUGAAUCCGAGUUGCAGAUGCUGGCAAGCCUACGGCGGCAACAGAAUGAAGAGCUGGAGGAUGCUGGGGCUUCCCAUGGCCUAAGCGCAUCCCAGGUUGACAACUGUAACGUCAGCAUAAGUACCAGCAGCGAUGACACAACCACCUGGAACUCCUGCCUUCCACCUCCUGUCAAUCAGGGUCGUCACUAUCAGAAAGAAAUGAAUCCACCUUCUCCUUCUAACCCCCGGGACUGGUUAAAUAUGCUGAGUCCACCAAUUGUUCUUCCCAGUCAACAGCCAGACGAGCAGCAUCUGGAUUCUUCUGGAAGUCUGAGUGCUCAAGGUGAAGAAGACCUGAGUGUGGAAGAGGAUGAGGAAGUGCUGACUCUGUUGUAUGACCCAUGCCUGAACUGUUACUUUGACCCCCAGACUGGGAAAUACUACGAGUUGGUGUAA